GAGGAGACUCCAUACUCUUUUCCAAGAAGCUGCACUGAUCUAAGUCCUCAUCAGCGGCACAUCAGCUUCGUUCUCACUCUACAUCCUCGCCAGCAUGUGCUGUCCUUUGGCUAGUUGCCAUUGUCACUGGAGUAAAGACGCUCUGUGAAAGUCCAGCUAUUGAGACUGAAGAGAAUGGAUGAAGAUCACUUAACCCAAGAAGUCUUGGAUAAGUUUGUUAAUUCUCAUGAGCAAACGUAUGAAGAGUUUCUGAGCAGUUUUACUUAUCUUUCCAAAGAGGAUGAUGGGACCAAACGGGAAGCAUUUGGAACCAAUUCUUCAGAAAAAAUAUUUCCCUUAGUAAAAUUCACUCGUGAAAAUGAACGAAAUGACCACCGCUGUCUGAGAAAUAAGACCACCUUUCUUCAUACUUGUUCACAAUGUUCGGAAGAACAGAUAGUGAUGGAUGAAGGUCAAACACUUGGCAGUUCCCUUCAAGGUGACCUGAGUCAGGCAAGGCGAAUGAAGGUACACAGUGUUCGAGAUGUAGAAGAUGUAGAUGUGGAUGAAGAGAUUAAGCCUCCCCUGAGCAAGGAUUUGCUGCUGCUUCCUGGAGAAGUGGAACAGGACAUAGAUGCCACUGCUCCUCCUUGUGUUCCUUCCAUGGGCUGGUCUGUCACCCCUCAUGUGAAACCACAACCUACAGGAGGAGCAGACACGGAAGAGGUCUGUGAAGAUGAAGUGCAAUCCUUAUCACAUGAUGAAGGAGAUGAAGUUGAACCCUUCUGUCUUGAUGAAGAGUUUGAUUACGACAGUGUGACCCUCACCCCCAAGUUCACUCCUGCGGAGCUAGGGAGUAUCAAGGAGCUAUCCAACCAAAAGCGAGAGAACUGUCACAUAGACUCAGAGGAAACCUGUGACUAAGGCAUCUUCAUUUUCAAAAAACACUUGGAAUAAAUCUGCUGUCAUUACAUGUCUACAUUCAUUUAUCCAAGUCAAGGAUGAAAAGAUAGGCUAACAGGGCUGAAGCGAUCACUGGUUUAAUAGAAUUCUCUUUUGUUGUGUUAUUGCUGCAUCCUAUGACUGACUGAGUCACAUACGAAUGGGAAGCUAUAGGUGCUGUGGGAUCUCUUUUGAGAGAACACUGAGGGUGAGAGACAAUUGCACAUGCAAAAUUCAUCAGGAUUGGGUGUUUGGUCCACAGUUAAGAUUCUGAUUUGGAAGCCUGCAACUCAUCUCUAAGUGCCUGGGUUUGAAUCCUGGCUCCUCUACCAGGUCCAGUUUCCUGCAAAUUCAGGUCCUGGGAGGCAGCAGGCGAUGGCUUAUCUAUUUGGGUCACUGCAACUCU